AUGGCGCCAGUCAGACAGAGAAAGGUUGCCAUUGUAGGAAGCCGUGCUGUGGGCAAAUCCUCCCUCACAGUUCGUUUCGUGGAAGGGACCUUUGUCGAAAACUAUUAUCCCACCAUAGAGAAUACCUUCAAUCGACUUAUCACUUACAAAGGUCAAGAUUACUCUACCGAUAUCGUCGAUACAGCUGGCCAGGACGAAUAUAGUCUUUUAAACUCAAAGCACUUCAUUGGGAUCCAUGGCUACAUGAUCGUCUAUUCGGUUGCAUCUAGACAGUCUUUUGAGAUGGUUAGAGUCAUCCGCGACAAGAUUCUAAAUCAUCUGGGUGCUGAUUGGGUUCCUCUUGUCUUGGUCGGAAACAAAUGUGACUUGCAGCCAGAGAUGCGCCAAGUCAGUGUUGAAGAAGGGAAGAAGGCCGCAGAAGAGUUCAAUUGUGCUUGGACUGAAGCCAGUGCACGCAAUGAUUUGAACGUCGCAAGCUCAUUUGAGUUGAUCAUUGCUGAGAUUGAAAAAUCUCAGAACCCCAACCAGCCAACCGGCGGCAACAAGUGUGUUCUCAUGUAA